CAUAAUAUAGUUGAAAAGAACGAUAUUUUAAGUAUAGAGAAUAUGAGAAAAAGAGUUUGGAAUAACGAACUUAAGAAAGCGGAACAUAGCUUCACACACACAACUUUAUUGUCACAAUGAAGGGCAAUACAAUUAAAGAUAGUUUAACAGUGUUUGAUAAUCUGAAAUUUAAUUUACGAAUACGCCCGUAUAUAGAGUCCAUGGUACAGUGUUAUAAUUGUUUUCGUUAUGGUCAUAUCAAGGCCAGGUGUAGAAAUACUACCAGAUGUAUUAUAUGUAGCGAAGCAGCUCACGGAGAUAAUAGGAUGUGCGAUAGGACGGUAAAAUGCGGAAAUUGUGCAGAGAGACAUAAAUCCACUAAUAGAAGGUGCCCAAUCUAUGAAAUCAAUAAAGAGAUUAAGGCCGCAAUGGGUUACAAUAAUCUCUCUUAUAGUGAGGCAAAAAGAAUGAUUUAUGGAAAGAACAGUAAAAGUGAGUACGAUAGAUUUAAGAACAGAGCAUGGCUAACAUUAGUGGUAAACAAAAAUAUAGACAGUGAACAGGACAACGUUAGGGCAAAUAAAGAACUGUAUAGUGACAAAACAAAAACACAGGUAGAAAAUUUGAAUAGGAAUUGGAGAGUUAACCGUCCAAUAUUAGUAAACAAACCAAAUUUAGCGGAAAUAAGAGAACGGAGCGAGUUGAGAAAAAGAAAGAUGACAUACCAAAAUUACUAUAAGGAUUUUAAUAAUAGGGAAAUGGAAAUCACAAAGGAGAAAAAAAGCAUAGCUAUAAAUAAUAAUAAUAUUUUCGGUAGUAGUACAUCUAUUUUUUCACAAGAGGUAGAACCCAGGGAGGAGGAAAAUAACAUGCUAGAUAACUUCCGUACAAUUUUUUGUUCUUCAGAAAUAAUAUUUUAGAAUGGAUAUACCAAUACACAAGAAAAGAAAAUAUUCAGGAUCAACAAGAUAUGAGGGAUAGAGCAGAUAAUUUAGUAAAGAAACGCUCUUUCCUGGAUAGACAGUUGGAGGAAACAAGAAGGAAUAGAGAAUAUCUAGUUAAUAAUAGAAAGAGUUUUUGGCAAAAUAGGGAUCGAUUGUAAUAUAAGAAUUAAAUGCAAGUGAUGCAUCUGGUAGUGUCUACAGAAAUCAGAUAGUUAAUUGAGAGGUUUACUAAUUAAUUAACUAAUUAAUUCAAAAAAGUGACUGUAUACAGUAUUCGUCUAGUUAAUUUCAAUUCUUUUUGUGGAGUUUCUGUUAUGUUUCUUUGUGUUUUAUAUUUUUGUUUUUUUUCAGGUUUUCUUUUGUUUUUUAUUUUUGUCUUUUUCAGGUU